AGACGAAGCUGGCUAAAGCCUAAAAGUAGGAGUAAAACAUGCUAUAUAUUUAGGUUUGACAUUCACAACUUCAUAAAGAGGAGAAAACAAGAGUGUCUUCAUUUGCUCUGGGAACAUAGAAACAACAUAGAGCUUAGUCACAGAUCCUGCAAAGCAAAGAAAGUGUGCAGAGAAAAGGUUGCCGUAUCUUCAGAAGAUAAAGAUAAAUAAGAUAUAAGAAGCUAGGCUGUGGACUUGGCUAAUACAGCAUGAUGAAGACGGGUUCAAACUCAAGAGUUGCUCAUUACCCUCCCUCCAAUCCUCGCAAAAUGAAGCUCAAUCGCUCCGCCCAACAACACGAGCUCUUCUGGCCUAAGAUCGUUAUGCGCAAAUGGCUCAAUAUAAGUGCCAAGGACUCCGAUUACAGCGCUGAUACCGAGGACGAUGAAGAUGAUGACACCACUGACACUGAAUUCGACACCGAAGAAUUUUGUGAAUGGCCCACGGAAUCCCGGUAUAAAGAUGAUCAAGGGAAUGAUGUUAAACUUGAUCACAAUGGGGCUCUUCCUAGAUCAAGAAGACGAAAGUCAGAGACAUUCAGGGCUCAAUAUAUAAAUGCAAAGGAAAUCAAAAUACGUGCCGGCACAUGGAAUGUCGGAGGAAAACUUCCACCAGACCACCUGGAAAUUGAAGACUGGCUUAAUAUCAGUGACCCUGCUGAUAUGUAUGUAAUUGGUUUUCAGGAGAUUAUACCAUUAAAUGCUGGCAAUAUCUUCGGCGCUGAAGAUAAUCGCCCUGUUCCAAAAUGGGAAAACAUUAUACGUGAAACGCUUGAAAAGAUACAAAGUGGGAAGCCUAAGUAUAAGUGUUACAGUGAUCCUCCUUCUCCUUCAAGAUUCAAGCCAUCUGCUGAUGCUCCAGACAUAGAAAAUGAAAUAUUACUUGAGACUGAUAGCGACGGGGAUGGUGAUGGUGAGGAGGAAAUAUAUCCAUUAAAUGAAGAACCAAAUAUUGAUGAAGUUAGUGAUGGACCAGUUGAGGGUCUAACAUGGUUCCGCAGUAGUGAUGCUUCUUUCCCUGCUUCUGAUACCAGCUCAGGUAUAUCACUUGAACAGAAGUUACAACGACAGUUUUCUUCUUCAAAAAAGUUGGACAGAUUGAAUUGUUUCCGGACAGAAGAUUCUGAGUUCAAUGCAGAAGCAUCGGUACCUUUACUCAAUCGUAGAUUAGCGAGAACAAUCAGUGGGACUGAAAGGAUGGGCUUGAGCUGGCCAGAGCCUCCACUAGAUCUUUUAGCUCAGUGUGUGCCUGAGAGACCUGAUUCAGUUAGAUCAUUUAAGUCAUUUAAAUCCUCCAAGUCUUUUAAGACAUCCAACUCUUUUAAGUCAUCUAUAAAUGUUGAUCAUAGAGUGCAACCAGAGCUUGCUUCACUUGCGGAAAUUGACCUUGAAUCCCUCAUAAACCGGAAGAGAAGAUCCCAAUAUGUAAGGAUAGUAAGUAAGCAAAUGGUUGGCCUUUUUCUUACCAUAUGGGUUCGCAGAAGCUUGCGAAGGCAUAUCCAAAAUGUCAAUGUUUCUACUGUUGGUGUUGGUGUUAUGGGCUACAUUGGCAACAAGGGAUCAAUAUCAGUCAGCAUGUCUAUAUUCCAGACUCUUUUUUGUUUCAUAUGUACUCACCUGACAUCAGGCGAAAAAGAAGCAGAGGCAAUUAAAAGAAAUGCUGAUGUGCAUGAAAUACAUCGAAGAACUCAUUUUAAUUCUUUCUCGAACAUUAGACUUCCAAAAACCAUCCAUGAUCAUGAACGAAUAAUAUGGCUGGGUGAUCUUAAUUACCGUAUAAGCUUGUCUUAUGAUACAACACGGCAGCUAAUCUCCAAAAGGGACUGGUCCAAGUUACUCGAGUGUGAUCAGCUUAUUCGAGAGCUUAGAAAAGGCCGCGCAUUUGAUGGAUGGUCUGAAGGUACUUUAAAUUUUCCACCAACAUAUAAGUAUGAGGUGAACUCAGAGAAGUAUUACGGAGAAGAUCCAAAAGUUGGGAGGCGCACUCCUGCAUGGUGUGAUCGAAUUCUUUCAUAUGGGAAGGGGAUAAAACUUAUGAGCUAUAAGAGGACCGAGCUCAUGAUGUCUGAUCAUCGACCUGUGUCUGCGACAUAUAUGGUAGAGGUUGAGGUGUUCUCUUCGAAGAAGUUACAAAGGGCCCUAACAUUCACUGAUGCAGAAAUUGAAGAUUGCCAAGUUGUUUCCAACAUAUGACUUGAUGGUCGGCUAACAUUGGGAGAGGUGUGUAUAAUAGGACCGUUGUUUGCCAUAUGUGAAGCUACUAUAUGAAAAGGCUCAUAAAACUUGUCACAAUAGUCGCCGAAGUUCCAAAGCGUGUCUUGUGCUCUAAUUAUUUCUUUUUAGGUUGUAGGUUUGCGAUUACCAUGUAAAGGUUCUUGGUUCAUCUUUCUCACCCUUUUUCAUUUUCAGGCAGAGAAAGUUAGAUUUAUUGUAUAGGAGUCACCGGUAUAGAAGUUUUCGGUAGUGAAAUAAUCUCUUGCUACAUGUUUUCAACGAGUCUGGAUGUAUCGUUUUGUCAAUUCAAUCAUGUAUAUACUUGGACCUCUCUGAAUUGAAUGCAAAGGUUGCCAUUUUCUUUGAUUGGUAACAGUUACCAUCUUUUAAAUAA